AUGUCUAGCCCAAUUUUCACCACCAAUGAGAUCUUCGUUUGCCUCCACGAAAAGGAUGGGUCCAAAUUCCCCUACUCCGCCAAGAUUAUGGCAAUCAAAGAAAUCGGAUCGAUCCAAUUCUAUAUGAUACAUUAUAGAGGUUGGAAAUCUACCACAGACAUUCGAUUUCCAGUUGGAGAGGAGGCUGGAAGAAUGUAUAAAGGAUCGUUGAAGGAAUAUGGGGAGAAAUUCCACGUGGAUAUUUCACCAGAUGCCUGGGAUGCUGAGAAGAAGUGCAAGAGGAAGGCUGUGGAUGAUUUGGAAAGGAGUUUUGUGAAGAAGGAGAGGAUUCAGGAGGAGAAUGUUUAUAGAAAAGUUUAUGUAGCAAAGAGAAGGAAGUUGAGAGAGGAUUCUGAAGAAGCCACGUCAUCUGAUGCUUUAAGAAGAUCCAGAGGGGAUCCAGGAGCCACUACUUCUGAGGUCAAGGAUUCAAGGAUCAGCAAGGAUCAAGAGAACAAUUUUGAACAGCAAAAUCCAAAAGAACAGAUCCGGAAGAUUCCAAAAAUGAUCCCAAUCGACCAAAUAGAGGAAGUUCAGAAUCAAACGCCAUCAAAACCAGAUGCACAGUUCCAUGAGACUCAAAUUUGUAUGGACCAACCGAAAGGAGCUAUUCCAAAUGUGCUGGAGGAAAUUCAGAAUCUUCUCGAAUCCCCCGAGAAAAAUGGUCCAAUUGAGAAGGUUACAGAUUCUGAAGUUGCUAGCAAGAUCCAGGACAAAGAUGACAAAGUUGAGAUUCCUGUUUCGGAAGAAGCAAUUCAGAAGCCAAGGAACAAUCCAGGUUACUAUAUUCCCAAAAACGAUCCAGUAUAUAAUGAGCGGAUGUCUGUAUUAAGAGCAAGGCAUGCGGGAACACUGGAUGAGGUGAAACUGACUGACGGGCUGGGAAAGAUCCUAGUGGACGAUCACAAAUUGGUGCAUUCGGAGAGGAAGGUUCCAAAAAUGCCAACUGAAUGGACAGUCGUAAAGAUUCUAGAGGAGGUGAGAAGUUUCAAUAGAGCACAUUUACAUUUACCUCUUUUUCAGUACAAGAAUUCCAAGGAUCACGAUGCUGACAGCUACGAUAUCAACGUUUUGAACAGUAUGGUACCAUCGUACAUGGAUAAGCAUAUAAGAUCACUUUUGUACACGUUUGAAAUUCCAAGAUAUGAGCAGCGCGUCCUCCAAAAAGCUGAAGACAUCACGAAUAUCGACCCAAAAUCUACAAAGCCUCCGAACACUGUGGAUUUAUUUAUCUUCUCAGCUCAUCACGAAAAUUCACAUAUUCGUCAUGAUGUAUAA